CAGUGCUGAACAGCAGCUCGCAGGAGGAGAUCUCGCUGCGCGACGUGCGCGUGCUGCCCAACUUCAACGCCAGCUACCUGCCCGUCAUGCCCGACGGCUCCGUGCUGCUGGUGGACGACGUCUGCCACCACUCGGGGGAGGUCCCCGUGGGCGCCUUCUGCCGGGUGACGGGAGCGGGGUCCCCGUGCCCCUGCGCCCUCAGCGCCCUGGAGGAGCACAACUUCCUCUUCCAGCUGCAGGCGCCCGAGCGGCCGCCGGAGGACGCCAAGGAGGUGAGGGGACAGCGGGGACAAUGGGGACAGCGGGGACAACGGGGUCAAUGGGGACUUUGGGAUUGUGGGGACAGUGGGGUCGAUGAGGAUAAUGGGGACAGUGGGGACAAUGGGGACAGUGGGGACAAUGGGGAUUUUGGGAUCGUGGGGACGCUGGGGUCGAUGGGGACGCUGGGGUCAAUGGGGACAUUGGGUGGGGACAUUGGAGUCAAUGGGGACAUUGGGGUCAAUGAGGGACUUUGGGGUCAAUGA